CCCCCAGGCUGGCUCCGCCUGCGCACAGCUCUGCGCAGCCUCGCAAUGGACGUGCGGAGCGCCCAGCACCUGCCUGCCGCCCUCGCCCUCCUGCUCCUGCUCCUGGGCUGCGUGUGGAGCCAGGCGCUGGGCAACGCCCCCGACAGGAUCGCUGUUAUUGGCGCUGGCAUUGGUGGCACCAGCGCAGCUUAUUAUUUACGCCAGAAGUUUGGCAGAGAUGUACAGAUCGACCUGUUUGAGAGAGAAGCGGUCGGGGGCCGUUUGGCUACUAUCCGUGUGGAAGGCAAAGAGUAUGAAGCGGGGGGAUCUGUCAUCCACCCCCUUAACCUGCACAUGAAAGCCUUUGUCAAGGAACUGGGACUCUCUCCUACACAAGGCCAGAACCACCUGGCAGGCGUUUAUAGUGGAGACAAAUUUGUAUUUGAGGAGAGUGGCUGGUACAUCAUCACUGUUCUUAAGCUUCUUUGGCAGUACUGGUUGAACCCUCUGCGAAUGUACAUGUGGGUGGAGGAUAUCAUGGACAAGUUCAUGAGGAUCUACCGCUACCAGGAUAAUGACUAUGCCUUCACCAGCACAGAGAAGCUAGUCAGUGCCCUGGGAGGGGAUUACUUCCUGCAGCUCCUGAAUGAGACUAUUGGCAAGGCUUUGCAGAAGACUGGCUUCUCCCAGACAUUUAUCAAUGAGGUGGUAACUCCAGUCAUGAGAGUCAAUUAUGGGCAAACUGUGAACAUCAAUGGUUUUGUCGGCGCAGUGUCUCUGGCAGGCACAGACUCUGGACUCUGGUCAGUCACAGGAGGCAACAGACGUGUCUGUGAUGGUCUUCUUUCUGCUUCCAAAGCACAGCUUAUCCCUAGCACUGUUACCUCAGUAGAGAUGAUAACACAGCCCAGGGCAUCGGGAGGAAAAACUCAACAGUAUGAAAUCUGCUACAAUUCCACAUCUGGGGUAGCCAUCGCCCAUUAUGAUAUAGUUGUCAUUGCCACACCACUGAAUCAUAAGAUGUCCAAUAUUACGUUUUGGAACUUCAACCCACCCAUUCCAGAGUUCUCCAGGCCUUACCAUCAGACCAUAGCAACUUUCAUUCAUGGGCAGAUAAACACAUCUUUCUUUGGAUACCAGGACUCCUCCAGCUUCCACAUAGAUGGCAUUUUCACAACAGACAAUCCCAAGCUGUUCAUCAACAGCAUGGGGGUGGUAUCUCCUGUCCAAAAUGAACAGGACAAGUUGGAGCAAUCUCUGGGAUCGGCCGUCUGGAAAGUGUUCUCUAAAGAACCUCUCACUGAGGAGCAGAUCAACGUGCUCUUCUCAUCCUAUGAUUCAGUGAAAGCAAAGCAGUGGCUGGCCUACCCGCACUACAGUCCCCCCAAGAAAUGCCCACCUUUCAUCCUCCAUGAUCAAAUGUACUACCUCAGUGGAAUAGAAUGUGCUGCCAGUGCAAUGGAGAUGAGUGCCAUAGCAGCCAAAAACGUGGCACUUCUCGCUCAUCACCGCUGGUACGGGAACACGGACAAGAUUGACCAAGAAGGCCUACAUGAGAAACUGAAAACCGAGUUUUGAGUUCCUCCCAGCUGCAACCCGAAACCAAGGCAUCUAAGCUGUGCUGUCAUGUCCAUAGAAAGUUUAUGGCUAUUUUGAGCAAGUGGUGCACUAUUAAAGAUUUUCUUGGCCGAUACAGAUGGCCAAUUAUUAACCAGCCACAUUGAAUCUAUUGGCCAAUUGCUGAUUUACGGGAAAGCAGCCUGGCAGCGUGGAGAACAGAGCCCUGCCUCUAAGUCUGGGGGGGGUGGCGGGGAGGAACAUGGGGGAAGGAAUGUGCAUGAAGGAGGCAGAUUGAGGCCCCCACAGUCAGGGAGGGAGUGAGGCAGGGACAGGUGCUGCCCAGCCAGGGCAACAAAUGCAACCCUGGGAGUGGGACAGCCACUGGCGGCUCAUCCGCAGAGGGCAGAGAGGUGGGCAGCUCCCCUUUCACUCAGCACACCCCUGGGGGAGUCAUGGGGGCAUGUGCCCCUCCAGAUUUGUGCACAGGGCAAAGGCGGGUUGCCCACUGCUGGGUUGGGACCAGGGGCUGUGCCAGCCUCUUUUUGGCUCAGGGGCUGCACUCAGGGUGGGGGCAAGCACCAAGUGCUGGGUGGGGUGGC